AUGGCCGCCUCCACCCUGUCUGUCUGCUCCAGCGACCUGAGCUACAGCAGCCGCGUCUGCCUGCCUGGUUCCAGUGACUCUUGCACCAACUCCUCCUGGCAGGUGGACGACUGUCCAGAGAGCUGCUGUGAGCCCUCCUGCUGUGCCUCCAGCUGUUGCCAGCCCUCCUGCUGUGUCCCCAGCUGCUGCCAGCCCUCCUGCUGUGUCCCCAGCUGCUGCCAGCCCUCCUGCUGUGCCUCCAGCUGUUGCCAGCCCUCCUGCUGUGUCCCCAGCUGCUGCCAGCCCUCCUGCUGUGCCCCCAGCUGUUGCCAGCCCUCCUGCUGUGUCCCCAGCUGCUGCCAGCCCUCCUACUGUGUGCCCAUCUGCUGCAAGCCCAUCUGCUGUACACCCAUCUGCUGCAAGCCCGUGUGCUGUGUGCCCAUCUGCUCUGGGACUGCCCCCUGCUCAGUCCCCUCCUGCUGCCAGGCCACCCCCUGUCCCUCAUCCUGCUGCAGACCCUCCUCCUGCAUGUCUGUCAUCUGCCGCCCUGUGUGCAGACCCUCCUGCUGUGUGCCAGUCUCCUCCUGCUGUGCCCCCUCCUCCUCCUGCUGCCGGCCCAGCUGCUGCCGCCCAGCCUCCUGUCUGUCUGUCAUCUGCCGCCCUGUGUGCUCUCGCCCAGCCUGCUCCCCACCACCCACCAUGGCUGCCUCCACUCUGUCCGUCUGCUCCAGUGACCCAAGCUAUGGCAGCCGCGUCUGCCUGCCUGGUUCCAGUGACUCUUGCACCGACUCCUCCUGGCAGGUGGAAGAUUGUCCAGAGAGCUGCUGUGAGCCCUCCUGCUGUGCCCCCAGCUGCUGCCAGUCCACCUGUUGUGUUCCAAGCUGCUGCCAGUCCACCUGCUGUGCCCCCAGCUGCUGUGAGCCCUCCUGCUGUGUCCCCAGCUGCUGCCAGUCCACCUGCUGUGUCCCCAGCUGCUGCCAGUCCACCUGCUGUGCCCCCAGCUGCUGUGAGCCCUCCUGCUGUGCCCCCAGCUGCUGCCAGUCUACCUGCUGUGUUCCAAGCUGCUGCCAGCCCUCCUGCUGUGUUCCCAGCUGCUAUGCCCCAGCCCCCUGCCAGCCCCUCGUCUGCACCCCUGUGAGCUGUGGGCCCAGCCCCUACCAAUCAGCCUGCACCAGCUCCUGCACACCCUCAUGCUGCCAGCAGUCUAGCUGCCAGCCCUCCUGCUGCACCUCCUCCCCCUGCCAGCAAGCGUGCUGUGUUCCUAUCUGCUGCAAACCCACCUGCUGCACACCUGUCUGCUGCAAGCCCGUCUGCUGCACCCCCUGCCCCUCAUCCUGCUGCAAACCCUCCUCCUGCGUGUCCGUCAUCUGCCGCCCUGUGUGCAGACCCGCCUGCUGCGUGCCUGUCUCCUCCUGCUGUGCCCCCUCCUCCUCCUGCUGCCGCCCAGCCUUCUGCGUGUCCCUCAUCUGCCGCCCCGUGUGCUCCCGCCUGGCCUGCUGUGUCCCUGCUUCAGCCCAGAAGGCCUGCUGCUGA